UUUUAUAUAUUUCAGCAUAUCUGACAAGUGGAAACUAUAACAUAAAAACUUAUCACCAUCACAGCCAUAAAGGUGCAAACAUGAAGAAUCUCCCCUCGUAUUCAAGUAAAAGUAGAAGAGUUCUACUUUCUAAAAACUCUACAACCUGUUUACUAUAUAUAUUUAUUUUAACGUGCACACAUCUGCCAUUCUCAAUAGCAAGUUCUGCUGCUAAGCUGCGGGAAGAGUGUAUGGAGCUUGCUGCAAAAUCACAAUGCGAAUGUAUACCUAUUCUGUCUGAUAUUCAAAUAGAAUGUCCCGUAAAUGAUCCAAAAUUAACCAUAAAAAUUCGUCCUGGUGAUCAUGUAAUGAUAGAGUGCAAUAACAUCAACUACAAAGACUAUAAACUCUUACCCAAUAUGGCUAUUGGCAACACUUCCCAGGUGCAAAUUCAAGGAUGUCCACUACCGGGACAUUUUACCAUAGCAACCAUACCACAACAACUGGGUGUUAAACACUACACUACCUUGCUGUUUGACAACAACAAUGAUUUAGGUACAAAUAUUACCCGGGAACAUUUGAGCGGUUUACAUGGUUUACGCCGUUUACGUUUCAGUUCUUCGCGCCUGUUGCAUAUGCCUCAAGAUCUCUUCUCCGAUAAUUCUUUGAGAAAUCUCACGUGGUUAGAUUUGCGUUCUAACAAUGUGGACCUACCCGUAGACAUUUUUGCAAAAUUAGAAAAUUUAAUUUUCAUAGAAUUGGGGUACAAUCACUUGAAAUCCCUGCCUCAAGGUAUCUUCCGCAAACAACAUAAAUUACAGGUCCUAAAUUUAUGGAGUAAUGAAUUACGCAAUCUUACCAAAAAUAUAUUUGAAGGUAUUACCUCGCUAACUGAUUUAGAUUUAAGCAACAAUGGCAUUGAAACUUUUCGUCAUGAUAUCUUUGAACUUUUAACGAAUCUCACCAACAUCAGUUUAAAUAGCAACCAUUUUCGUUCACUGCCCGAGGGUUUAUUUAAAAAGAAUAAAAAUUUAUCACAAAUAAGAUUGACCAAUAAUCGUGUGCCUUUAAGAAGUUUGCCAUCUGAGUUCUUUGCAAAUCUACCACAUCUUAAUGAUGUACGUUUGUCCUGCGAUUUAGAAUCGGUACCGGGAAAUAUAUUUAGCAACUCUACAGCCAUUACCAUGAUCUCAAUGACCGGCAAUAAAUUAAGUAAUUUACCUGCUGAAUUGUUAGAAAGCCAAGAAAAUCUUGUUGAUUUGGACUUGUCAUAUAAUGAACUAUAUAAUCUACCCGAGGAAUUGUUCAAAAAUACCAGAAAAUUGACAAAGUUAAAAUUGUCCCACAAUCAAUUGACAGAAAUACAAAGAGAACUCUUUUCAUCUUUAACAAAUCUCAAAACUCUAGAUCUCAGCAACAAUAGAUUGACUACCAUUCAUUUGAGUGCCUUUGCCAGCACCCAGAGUAUACAGGAAAUCAAUUUGGAGAAUAAUCAAUUGACACUGAGUGAACCAUAUGGUGGGGUUUUAGAGGGUCUUCAGAACGUUCUCGGUUCACCAUUUCAAUAUGUAAACAAUUUGCGUAAAUUGAACUUGCGCAAUAAUUCCAUCAUGUAUAUUUAUCAAGAUUGGAAAUUUCAAUUACUAGAAUUGCAAGAAUUGGAUUUAAGUUACAAUAACAUCACCACCAUGGAUGAAAAUGAUUUACAAUUCUUAACUAAACACGAAUUGAAAAUAAACUUAACGCACAACCAGUUGAGAAUGGUGAAUUUACAAUCUAUUGAAACCUUGCAAAUUCCUCAAGACAAGAAGAAAAUUUUUAUGGAUUUAAACAAUAACCCCAUACAAUGCGACUGUGUGCUAUUGAGUUUUGUCCAGUACUUGCGAGGGGAAAAAGCUAGAGACGUUCGCGAUGUCAUUAAAUUGGAUACUGAAAAUUUAUUCUGCAAUCAACCAGAAAACUUAAAGGAAAAACCUGUUAAGUAUAUAAAUCCUAUGGAUUUGCUUUGUCCAUUUGAUCAUGAGGGAACAAAUCCCAAACGUUGUCCGCGUGGUUGCAGUUGUUGGGUGCGUUCUCUAGAUAAAGUUUUAAUGGUUAACUGUUCAAAUGGAAAUUUUACAAAAAUACCCGCCUUGCCUAGAAUCGAACAAUUCAAACUUGCCGGUACCGAGUUGUAUUUGGAGAAUAAUGAACUAAUGAAAUUACCCCUGGCUAAGACUCCAGGCUAUUCUGAUGUCACAAAACUUUUUUUGGCCGGCAAUAACUUGACAUCAAUAGACAGUACACAUUUGCCUGCGCAACUGACAGAGCUGGAUGUAAGAAACAAUCGCUUGGAAUAUUUUAAUAUCAGCACUAUACAUUUUUUAAACGAUAGCAGAAGCUUGAAUACCCUACAUCUCUCCGAGAAUCCCUGGAUGUGUGAUUGCGAAGCUAAACCAUUUUUAAUGUUUGCCCAGAACAAAUUCAAAUUGAUAAGAGAUUUCUCUAAGAUGACCUGUUCCAAUUUCAUGGAAACCAAAUACUUUAACGAAUUAUCUGUCAAUGACAUAUGUUCAGACAAUGAACUGUAUAUAGCUGUUAGUAUAGUUAUAUCGUUGGUGGGUCUUUUGGUAGGAUCAUUGGCUGCUUUAUACUAUAAAUACCAGAAGGAAAUUAAGAUCUGGCUUUAUGCCCACAACUUAUGUCUGUGGUUUGUAACCGAACAAGAAUUGGACAAAGACAAAAAAUACGAUGCCUUUAUCUCCUAUUCGCAUAAAGAUGAGAAAUUUAUUGCUGACUAUUUGGUGCCACAACUGGAAAAUGGUACACCACCUUUUAAACUAUGUGUGCACGUCAGAGACUGGAUGGUAGGCGAAUGUAUACCCGAUCAGAUAGUACGAUCUAUUGACGAUUCAAGAAGAACUAUUGUUAUAUUGUCGCAAAACUUUAUUGAAUCUGUGUGGGCUAAAAUGGAAUUCAAAGCGGCUCACCAAGCCUCUCUCAACGAAGGCAGAGCCAGAGUUAUUGUCAUUUUAUAUGGCGAUAUCGAUGUUGACAAUUUAGAUUCAGAUCUAAAAGCCUAUCUAAAAAUGAAUACAUACUUGAAGUGGGGUGAUCCAUGGUUCUGGAGUAAAUUGCGUUAUGCUAUGCCCCAUUCCGCUAAUGAUCUUAAAGGUUUAGUAAAAACUCCCCUUAAAGGUUCAACUGAUGAUAAACUAGAAUUGAUAAAGCCAUCGCCAGUAACGCCCACUCUGACAACACCACCCGGUGAAACAACAAAAAACCCACUGGUGGCACAUCUUAAUGGCGUGGGUGCUCCUCAAACGGCAGUUAUGUUUGCCAAUGGCAAAACACCCAGCUACUAUACGAACGGUAAGACCACACCAAAUUGUCAUAUUAAUGGAGCUUUUAUUAUUAAUACAAAUGCCAAACAGAGUGAUGUAUAGAAUUGGGAGAAGGCGGAAAUGUUUCAAUUUGAUGACGUACUUUAUCGAUGAAACAUUGAGACGCUAAAAGGACACCACCAACUUACUAACAUCAAUGAUCUAUAAUAUAUACAUGAAAAUAAUUCCAGUAAAUAGAGAAAAUAAUACACAAAUAUCAGACUGAAGGGACUAAGGUGCAUUGUGAAAAGCUUUAUAAAAGAAAAGAUAAAAAGUUUUACAACAGCAUACUAAUCGAUUAUUAAAUGAUUCAUAUAAUUUUGAAAAAAAA